AUGGACACCCCUACUUGCCCUCCGCCACGGGACGCCCGUGAGAAGGAGAUUCUAGACAAGCUGGUCUCGAUCCGCGACAGAUUGCAGCUACUGAAGCAAGACCGCACCACCUACAUUCGCAGCCAGGAUGUUAUCCCGCUCUACGAUGAGACCAUUGAACAGGUCCGUCAGCUCAAUGAUUUUCGGUCGGCUGACCGAAGGGAGGAGAACAGAGUGGAUAGAGUGCUAGAAAGCUGCUUCCAGCUGUUGUCGCUCUUUUUCAUGACGAUUGGCCGAAACAACGAGGCCCCGGCCGCUUACGCUUUAACAUCUACUAUCAGAAGACUUCUCGACCACCUAACCGAAGUUGACCUCUUCUCGUCAAAGGACCUCGAAAGCAUCUCGCACACUCUGAAGAAGCUUGCCCACAAUGUCAAGUCUACCGAGACUGACUACUCGCCAUACCUCAUCACGUUGCUAUCUAAUAGGUUAGAUCUUUGUGAGAAGUCGUUGGCGCGUCUCCAGAAGCGGCUGGACCGUUUCGAGGAUCCUCUGCCGAAGACCUACGAAAAGCUUAUUUCGAUCUUGAGGUCUAUGUCUUUAGCCAACACCCGAACCAAGUUCUCUCCAUCGGAAGUUCAGAAGCUUCAGGCCCAGCUACGCGAAAUCGAAGAUAAGAGAAAAGAGGGUAAGCUUCUGGGUUUGGAUGGAAAGGUGCCGGCUGGAAGCGACGAAGUGGCCGAACUUCUGCAGAAGUGUUUGAAGUGGUCAGAAAUCGUCCUUGAGAGGAAAGGAGUGAUACCUGAGCCUUUCAAGGCCACCUACGACGUACUUGUACGAAUCCGAAACGAGCUAGAGAAGCUCUCAAUUACACAGGCAUGGUCUCUUCGGGAGGCGGACCUGUUCGACUUCCAGAGGCAACUGGACAAGAUCGACGAGAGUCGAGUCAACGGCAACUGGUUUGACGACGAAGGCAAGCCCGCCGAGCUCUAUGUACAACGAGUAAGUGAACCUGUCGGCUUGGCGGGAUUGGCACUGACAAAGUUGGCAGACCCUGCUCUAUCUGAUUCGAAGAAGCUAUGCUUAUGUCUACUCCCUAAUGAUCUCAUCCGAGCCGGUUUCUGA